ACUGAUGCUGCUGCUGCCUCUGCUGCUGGCUGCCGCUAUAUUGGGUUUGGCUGCCAAAUAAACGACGUUAGUUCGUGAGGCGCUGGCUGAGCAGUAACGUCACGGUCACGGGUAAUUUUGCAAGCGUACGUACAUAAUUCCGUACUUUUUGCCAAAGAGUACAACGUGGAGAAAAAUCAUCGAAAUGGAUUUUUAGUGCAUUUCUGUGCGCGAAGCUUAAACAAAUUUAAAGUUGGCAGCACUGCCAAAAUACAACAAAAAUUCAACACUGCAGCCCUGAAUAUCACAAAAGUGCGAAUUUUGUGCGUGUGUGAGAGAGAACGCGCGCGUUAAAAGUGAAAGCGUAAUGAAAACAAACAGCGCCGCAGCCUUUAAAAAUUGCGACUUAAAUCAAUAAAAGUCGUGAGACAAAGCCGCCAAAAAAACGAAAAACGAGAAACGAGAAAAAAAACGCCGUGUGGAUGCAGAAGACGCGAGACAAAAGGACUCGAAAGCAGCUGUUAUUGUUGUGCCUCAAACGGGGUCAAAAGUUCGUGUGACGUUCCGUCUGCCUAAUUUCGCCGCAUACAACUAACUAACUGUAGUAAUACUUGUUAAAAGCACUCAAGUGCAGCUACUGUCCUGUCUAGUGAGUGCGAGGAGUGCAGCUGCAGCACAGUAGAAGAAGAAGAAAAAGAAGACGCUGGCCAGACAAAAGCGUUAGACAAGUGUGCCCAAAUAGCCUGCGGAUAUAAAUACACAAGUGUAAGUGUAUGUGUGUGAGUGUGUGUGUGUGCACAUGCACUCAUGUGUGCGCUUAUGAGUGUGCUAGUGUGAGUGUAAAGUGUAAAUAUACAAACGCAAAGACAAACUAGGCCAAUUCGCGAGAGAGAAAGAGAGAGCGAAGAAGAAAUAACUAAAAAGUUCUGUGCUGGCACAUUUGUCAAUGACUGAGGCCAACGACUCGCGUGACUGGGAACAGCUAUAACAAUAACUGUACCCACUCUACUCCUCCACCUUUUUUGUUUGUCUUCUAGCCACGUAGCGUGUACAAGCGUCGCGCAUAAAACAUACAACAGCAGCAGGCUUCGAAGCAAAGCGGGCAAUAGAAAAGGCAAACAGUGAACGAAGUUGCCCCUGGGCCAAAACAGAGUUGUGCCCCCUUGCCAUUGGGCAUCUGGCAAUUGGCCAAGUUAAUAGACAACGCCGAUAAUGACGUUGUUGCAGCUGCUGCUGCUGAUGUUGAUGAUGACGCUGCUAACUUGGUUAUUGCUGCCAGCGACGAAAUAGUCAAACAAACCAGCCGAAAGACAGACAGACAGAGAGACAAAGGAACUCGCUUCGAACUCGCCUUCAAAGUGCGCGCGUUCGUCAUCGUCCAGGUCCAGGACCAAGGCUUACUGCAUUUCCGGUUGUUGUUCCUGUCGACGCGAUGCCACUUCAUCUGGCCACCACCAGCAGCUGCGUGGCGUGGCUGCUGCUCCUCGUUGCGUUUGUGAUGAGCGAUAUGACAAAUGGCGGGAUGCACGGACCCAUCGAGGGCUACAACUCGUUAGAUGAGAUGACAACAACGCCAGUUGUGGCACCCACAAUACCCACCGCUGCGUACACGCAUCCCAAAUGGAUGGAGCCGUAUUUUGAUCCCUCAACGCCGCGCAAUGUGACCGCCCUCAUGGGCAAAUCCGCGUAUCUCAGUUGCCGUGUGCGCAAUUUGGCCAACAAAACGGUAUCCUGGAUACGGCAUCGGGACAUCCACAUACUCACUGUCGGCGCGUACACAUACACGUCCGAUCAGCGGUUUCAGGCCACACAUCAUCAGGACACCGAUGACUGGACGCUGCAGAUAAAGUGGGCCCAAAAGCGAGAUGCGGGCAUGUAUGAAUGCCAGAUAUCAACGCAGCCCGUUCGCAGUUAUUUCGUUCGCCUCAAUGUUGUCGUGCCAACGGCGACCAUACUUGGCGGACCUGACCUUCACGUUGAUAAAGGCAGCACCAUAAAUCUCACUUGCACUGUAAAGUUCAGCCCCGAACCGCCGGCCUACAUCUUCUGGUAUCAUCACGAGGAGGUCAUUAAUUAUGAUUCAUCAAGAGGCGGCGUGUCGGUAAUUACCGAAAAGGGCGAUGUGACAACCUCAUUUCUGCUCAUACAGAAUGCAGAUCUGGCCGAUUCUGGCAAAUAUUCGUGCGCCCCCUCCAAUGCAGAUGUUGCCAGCGUGCGUGUGCAUGUCCUAAAUGUUCGGGCCAUAAUUUCAGGUGAACAUCCGGAGGCAAUGCAAACUGGCUCAUCCGGUUGCCAGUACAAUUGGCUGACAAUUGUUAUGCUGGUUGGCCUGGUGCUCAGCUUUAGUCAGCGUGCCACAUGGGGCACGUGCAACGGCAACAACGGCAGCAACGGCAGCAGGCCAAAAACUGGAGCCAUGGCCACCGCACUUGCGGCCAGUGAAAGUGACACGAGAACAGCAACAACGACAACAGCUGCAACAGCGAAACCUUCAACUGGCAACGUUAAACUGUCGCCUGCGGUUAGCGGCAGCUGCCAGCAGGCGUGCCACGCCCACAGUUGCCACAGAUGAUCGCAUGGCAGCAGCAUCCGUGUAAUCUAAGCAGACACAUCAAAUGUGCGCGAGUGUAUCUACAUAAAUAUAUCUAACCGACUAACCAUACUACUAUAUAUUUAUCUUGACAUAUUUAUAUAUAUAUCUAUUGUAUGUGUGUGUAAGUGUGUAUAAGUAUAAGUAAGUGGCUAACAACAUCCUUAGAUACAUCCGUUAGAUACUAAGUGCAGUUUUGAUGGUUUUAAACCACAUUCGAAUGCCGCUGCAGGUUUUCUCACUCUCCCACAUAAGAUUAUAUGGCAACCUUGGAUUAACGAUUUCAUGUGUGUAUUAUACAUAUAUAUUAUAUAUAGUUCUAUUAAGCUCCGUGUAAAUAGCAAGCAUCAACUGACGCGUAUUAACGUAAUUACCACAUCAAAUGUAUCACAUUGCAAACCGAAAAAACCAAGCGAAAGAAAAAACAAUAUUAAAAUCAUAAAAAAAAUCAAAAGAGAUUUCACAUUGGAUCUUUAAAUAAACACAUAAAUAAUCAAAUAAUGUGCAUUGUACAGCGAGGUAUAUUUAAUAAUUAGAUAAAAAACCAAACAUACAACAACCAAAAGUGAGUGGCCAUAAAAUAUUUAAAUUAAUUGCCAUAUCAUGCAAAUAUUUGCGCUGCGCAUUUUCUCCACACCAAUUGCCAAGUUAUACUUUAUUUGGUUUGCAUCACUUUUUUCGCUAAUUAAAUCAAUAAAUAGCAAUUAAUUUGCGAUCAACUUGAACCACAUGACAACCAAAUGCGAUUUAUAUUUAAGUAUUUAGUUCAAUACAAUUCGGUCUAAAGACGAAGUAAUUUAACUCUCAAUUAAACCAGAAUUAGUUCCAGGCAAUUCGUUAAAUUCGAAAUAUAUU